GCGGAGGGGCUUCGGUGCCGUUACGUGGUGCGCCCGCGACUCGACGCGGUGCCACGACGCGGACGUGCUUCAGUCAGUUCGUGCGCGAAAGUCGUAACCUACCUGCGUCACACAAACAUUUCCUACACACGCGAAAACAACUCCCUGCUCACAAACUGAGCAAAACCAAUCAGUUUAUGCAAAGAGGACGAUCAGUGCACUAACAGUUCACAGGAUUGUUGGAAUUGUAGUGCGAUAGUGUUAUGUGUGGACGAGAAAGCGUGUAACGUCAGUAGGACCGGCCGGAGUGAUCAUAUGUUGGACGCGGAUGCAGUGAUGGAAUGUGGCGUUUGUUAUGGUGACGUGCAAUGAUGCAGUGUACCCGAAUACCUGGUGUUUAGCCGCAGCGCCGCCAAGCCGCGGGUCCUCCACGAGAACCAUGCGUAGAAAAAGAUGAACCAGGAUGCUGAGAGCUUGCAGCCGACAUGGCGUCUGUGGGGUGAAGAGCGCGUCGAAGGAGCUAUUUACACCGUCUACCUUAAGAAAGUCCGUUACCACAGGCCCACGCGCAGCGCUUCCAGUGAAUCGGAUGAUGAGAUUUCUCACCUAGAGUGGGAGACGGUACGCGUGCGCUUCGUUAAAGCAGGCACCGUCGAGAGGCUGGUAGAGGCGUUGGCCACAGACGACGGCGAGCUCGAGUCCACGUAUGUCAACGUAUUCCUCGCUACCUACCGAUCCUUCGCGGAAUGUAGUCGAGUGUUGGACCUGCUCUUACGAAGAUAUGAAGCCCUUGCGGCAGAAGACGUGGUUACAACAGCGACUGACACUUCACUACAGCACCGAAAAACUCUGGUGGCAUGUCUCCAUGUAUGGUUGGAUACUUACCCGGAGGACUUUCGACAGCCCCCACACCACCCCGCACUUCAGCAGCUCCUUGCCUUCACACAGCUCCAUUUACCUGGGUCAGAGCUACAUUCGAAGGUGCUUCAGAAGCUAGCGAUAUUCAGUGCAGAACGCAAUGGCAGCUUUAAACAGGGUGCUGGAGUGUGCCUGGCGCCGGGCAUGCGAUUGUCCGCUCACCACACUAGUACCUACCGUCUGCCGCAUGUUCCCCAUCGACACUUUGCGGAACAGCUCACACGUAUGGACAUGGAGCUGUUCAAGAAAUUAGUUCCGCAUCAAUGCCUCGGUGCUGUCUGGUCGCGACGAGAUAAAGAUCGAUCUCAUGAUGCAGCUACUGUACUAGCUACCGUUAAUCAGUUUAACGCAGUUUCGUUUCGAGUAAUAUCUACUGUACUGGUCGAACCAAAUUUAAGGUCGGCAGAACGAGCUGACAUUCUUGCUGCUUGGCUGGAUAUAGCCAGAGAGUUAAGGGUGCUCAAAAACUUUUCUUCUCUAAAAGCGAUAAUAUCUGGAUUACAAAGUAAUCCCGUCUAUAGGUUAAGGAAAACCUGGGCAAUAUUACCAAAGGAAAAAGCUGAACUAUUCGACGAAUUAGCACGUAUUUUUAGUGAGGAUAAUAAUAGGUGGACGCAGCGAGAACUAUUAAUGCGAGAAGGAACUGCAAAGUUCGCUGAUACCGUUGGAGAGAAUGAUAGACAGUUGCAGAAAUUGUUGCACGAGCGUGGUUCGCCCGGUGUCAGUCAUGGGACUAUACCAUAUUUAGGAACAUUUUUGACCGAUCUUACAAUGAUCGAUACCGCUAUUCCUGAUACGGUAGCUGAUGGUCUAAUAAAUUUUGAUAAGCGUCGAAAAGAAUUUGAAGUUCUCGCUCAAAUCAAGUUACUGCAGGGAGCAGCCAACGCUUACCAUUUGCCCUCCGACCCGAUGUUUGAUAGAUGGUUCGACUCUGUGAUAGUACUGGAUGACCGGGAGGCGUAUCAGCUGUCGUGUCAGAUAGAGCCAAUGACCAAUCCACCUAAGGAGAGGCGUCCGAAGAAGGCUAACGAUACCAAUGGUCAUGGUCACAGGAAAAACGAUUCAAUAGCUAGCACUAGUUCCAGCAAUAGCUCACAAUUUUAUUGUGAGACUGAUGGUGCAAACCAUUGGAAAAGGGAUAGUUUAGAACGACGGGCCUCGCCUACAAGAUUGUCCCAUGGUUCGUCAUCGUCUUCACUCCCUUCACUGGAUAUGUCUUUGUCUAGCGCAAAUAGCGGUCAAAAACAAACGAAUGGCAAAAUUGGAGGAGCUAGCCCAGCUCACACGAAUGGUCCAGAUUUUUAUAUAAUUCGUGUAACUUACGAAUCGGAUAAUGUAGAAACAGAAGGUGUGGUGUUGUAUAAAUCAAUCAUGUUGAGUAACAAUGAGAGAACGCCACAAGUCAUUCGUAACGCCAUGCUCAAGCUUAAUCUUGAAGGAGAUCCAGACUCAUAUACGUUGUCACAAGUCCUGCCUGAUAGAGAAAUGGUGCUCCCAGCAAACGCCAACGUGUAUUACGCCGUGAAUACUGCUUAUAAUUUGAACUUCAUCCUGCGCCCACGCAAGGCGCAGCAAAGCGAACCAGCUCUUAACGGCAAAGCGCGUGGCAAACGCAUUUGAUUAUGCACACAAUAAACUUUAGAGUGCUUUCAGUGAUCUCUUACAACUUGAGAUUGAGUAGAAUAGGUAUGUGACAGGAAAAUGACCUCAUCAAGGACAUAUUACGGCAUUUUCUUGUUUCCGCCGUAUGUAACCAGUCCCUUAGGUUUAACGGUUUAGAUAAUUUAAAAAGACUUCGUAGACAAUUUAUAACUUUUUUGGAUAUUUGUUCACUGUCUAGAACUCUG